ACAUUCGACUGUCGCCAGGCAAGUUGCGUUCUCAAGCGGAACCACUUCGUAGACCGAUAGUGCUUGGGUCCUCACAAUCUCAGCUUCUCUCCCAUUUCAAACACAAUCCUUUGUCACUCUAGUCUACACGAUUUUUCAGUUCUCACUUAUCACGUACUGUAUCACAUACCAAGAAGACAUCCGUCAUGUUUUUUCGGUUGUUGAGCCAUGCGCUCAUCUUGGUGGCAUUGCCCGCACUGACUUUGGCUCGGCAAGAGGUGGUUUGGUCUAUUGGCAACAGUUUGAGUUCCUACGGUGGUACCAUUGUUGGGUCUUUUCGCUGUUUCUACCAAGGAUAUCGCUCACAGUUUGGUAUUACCCGAGUGGAUACUCCACGAAGCACCCCUGGUGGUGCCACCUUUGGUCUUCACUGGGCGUGGCUCCUCUAUGAUGACAAUACGCCUACAUUCAUGAAUGAGAAUGGCAAUAUUCACACUUGGGUUUUCCUGCAAGAACAAAGUGCCAUUCCAGCUGUCCCUGCUCAGUUACCAGUGUCAAUUUUCAAUCUGAGAGGUCUUAUUCAUCAUUUCAAAAGCACAGAUGUGGAAAGAGCCAUGCUAAUUCAAACUUGGGGAUAUGAAUUUGGAACCAGCUCCAAUGGAGUUAACUUUCCGGACAUGCCAUCUCACAACCAGGCUUUGUUGGCAGGCUAUGUGGAAAUGCAAAAGGCAGUUCAUUCAGAUGAUUACCAGGUCGGUCUAGCCCCCUGUGGAUUGGCUUGGGAGAAGACUUACUGGAACUGUCUGUCCCGGGGUAUGGAUCCAAUGACUGACGAAGAUUGUGUCUUUCGCAAACUCUACCAAGAUCCUGUGCAUCCUUCCGCUUUUGGUACCUAUCUCUGUUCCUUGACUGUUUUUUCUACCAUUACAGGAAUACAUCCAAGCACACAGGGGUGCAAAGGAGAUCUCUCGACCGACGAGGCAGAUCAAAUUCAUUUGGGUAUUGCACAGGCUAUUGAAGAAACAUAUUCCAAUGGCCUCAUUACAUACUUGUUUGAUUCUCUUUGGGAUACCCCGGAGCCCACCCCUGCCCCCCCAACAACUCCACCUACAGGCACACCAACUGUCACCCGUUAUCCCACGGGGCCUCCGCAAACAGAACCACCAACUGCUUCCCCAACAACAGGGGCACCUACCGUUUUGAAUGCAAAUGCUGUGGCGGCUGCAGAUACGUCCAAGAUUCUGAUUUUGGGAAACGAGGUUUUGGGAAACUACAAUGUGUCACAGCAGUUUGAAUAUAUCCACGAAAAUUCUCUUGCAUUACACAAUGUGAAGGGACAUGUGGUUGCAACUUCCAGUACACCAGAAGGGGCAACCUUUCAGUGGCAUAUUAAUACGAUUGCAGAGUCAGACCCAGUGCUCUACAGUUCAGCAGACGGCCAUGAUUUUGACUGGAUUGUGUUGCAAGAAGAUAUCGCCUUGAUGUCAGCGUUGGGUAGCUCCGAAAGUUGUAAUUUGUCACCAGCAUUUCACACCAUGGUCGCCUCAACUCAUGACAGUGGGGUCACUGUUUUUGUCAUGACCCCUGGUGGUAGGAAUGGCUGGGAGGACAAAGUCUCUGGAGAAUCCCACGAGGAAUUUAUGACCCACAAUGCUAUUUUGUUUGAGAAUUACUACAAUUGUCAGUUCACUUAUCCCGACGAAUCCUACUUGUUGCCUGUGACUCAGGCUUAUGAAGAGAUUUACCUGGAGGAUUGGGAAAGUGGCGAGGACCCAGCACUUGAUGAGACAUCUCUCUUUUUUCGGUUGUACAACGAGGAUGGCAUUAACCCCAGUGCAGAAGGCUCCUACCUAAUUGCUGUCCUCUUGUCUACACUGAUUGGGGGGCUGGAUCCCGCCCGCAUCACUUGGAUCCCAGAUGGCAUUGCCAGUGGGCUCGAGUUUGAAAUCGCAGCACAGGAUGCAGUUCGACUGCGCGCUGUGGCUAGCAAAGUCUACCGGUGGGCAGAUCGCCCUUGGCAGGAUGCUUGGCCUACUACAUCACCCACCGACGCUCCAACUCCUACGCCAGCACCCGUUAUCACAUUGGCGCCUGUUCCAGCUGCUACGGAACCACCCGUACCUGCUACUGAGGCACCCGUCGAAGAAACACCGGGCAACGGACCACCAGAAGAAACACCAGGAAAUGGACCACCAGAAGAAACACCAGGAAAUGGACCACCAGAAGAAACACCGGGCAACGGACCUCCCGAAGAAACUCCGGCCAACGAAGAAGUACCGGAAUGUACACUUUUGCCGCCACCUACUGACGAUUCUUGUGCUGCGAUAAACCCGUCAACUAUUGAUGAUGGAAUUCGUGGCGUCAACGGUCGAUAUAAUGGCUGGUAUUCUUUGAACGAUGAUGGUUGCUGUCAUGACUACUGUCGUUGGGUUGGGACUGGUGGUACCGGACCAGAACCAACCAUUCAAACUACACAUGGGAACUCGUUUUUUGCUUGCCGACCAGCUGGGUACUCCACUUGUACCUACUGGACAGAGUAUGCCACCCCUUUCACUGCUGAAAAGUGCUUAGCGCAGGGUGUGCCACAGGGUUUGGUUGCAUCAAAGUCAGGAGAGCCUUGAUGGAGUUGGUUGUUGGACUUGGCAGACUGUUCUUUCUUUCUUUCUUUCUUUAGGAUGAUCUCUUUGUUGUUGGCGACGCUUUUGGAUGUUCGGGCUGGCUGGGGUUGAGCACCUACCGUACCAGUCACUUGCGAUCUUUUUAUAUUCUACACAUUAUUCAAAAUACGGCAGGAGUCGAUUAUCUAGCUCGGUACAUGUAGCUCUAAUACUUUUUAUCAACAAGGUUGUUUCAUGUAUCCAUCUGCUGUUCGCUCUAUGGCUGGCUGGGCUAGUUAUAAGUCUGGGU